AGAUAAGGAAUUGUUACACAGGUAGGUAGAUCAUAUGUAACCAUCGGGAGCUAGAAACCAGGUCCGCCGUUCCCGGCUUCUGGUCUGCUACGUACCUACUUCAUGAAAUGGUAUCUUAAUCUCGAGAUCUACCUCCUAACAUAUUUCCUCUUCAAUUGUGCUGCUUAGCCUGCCAUGUCCCUGCCAAGAAUAAAAACAUGCGCAGUGCGCCAAACUCUUCAAUCCUCCUUCCUCCCUACUUUGUCCCAGCCGACCCGAAGACAAUUCUUAAGCACAACGACGAAGAAUAAUGCAACGGUAUCGUCGGCCUCGUCGGCCUCGUCUUCUUCGACUGGCCCGUCAGGAUCCCAGCCUAAACGGAAGCCUCUGACAAAGGAGCAGCGCGAUUUCCUCUCUUCAGCUCUCCGUGUGAACCAAGCCGGAGAAUUAGCUGCUACCUUGAUCUAUACCGCCCAGACGCCGCCGCUUGUCAAUGCGCAUCCCCAUCUUCGGCCCUUACUAGCCCAUAUGUACGCCCAAGAAGAGGGCCACUUCAACACAUUCAACUCCCUCAUCGCUAAACACCGCGUGCGCCCAACAGCCCUCUACCCAGUUUGGUCCGUCUUAGCAUCGGGGCUAGGAUGGUCGACGGCAGUUAUGGGGAGGGAGGCCGCAAUGGCUUGUACAGAAGCUGUCGAGACAGAGAUCGGCGGGCAUUAUAAUAACCAAAUACGGACAUUACUAGAAAUGUUCGAACAGUGGGAGGCCGAAGGGUACGAAGUAGGCGAAGAGCUACAAGAUCUAGUUACAACAUUACGGAGGAUACGAGAUGAAGAGCUAGAGCAUCUAGACCAUGCCGUUGAUAAUGAUGCGAAGAAGGCCGAGCCGCACUGGUUAUUAACUGGCGUGAUACGGUUAGGAUGUAGGGGUGCAAUUUGGGUCAGCGAGAGAGUAUGAUGAAGAAAUACGGCUUUGCUGCAUAAUAUGAUAUUUUAUCUCUGUUCGCCGAUAGAGUCAUCGGCGUAUGACGCAGGAUAUGACCAAUCAAAACCAAAGCAGAAGACUUAUUCGGAAGGUCGUAUAGUUUCUAGCUAACCACCCGAGUCUCGAUUGGUUGAUAUACUACGAAGUACAUUACAUGGUAUAGCUUAGACCGCCAGU